UUUGCUUUGAGACUACAAAAUGGAGACCGAAAAUGAAAGUGGAAAUGAACAAGAAAAUUAUUCCCGGCUUGUGUCGAGUGUUAUCCAUGAAUACGAUAUCAUUGACAUGCAGUCGGGUUCCAAAAGCGAGGGAAGCUCAAACGAAGAUGCAAAAUCUCGGGAUUCCUGUCAGGAUGACGUCACAUUACCUCGUGUGAACUGCCCAGAAAAAAUAAUAAUAUGUCUAGAUAUGAGCUCAGAAAUGGAUAAAGUUUCAUUUCGGUCUCGAUCAGGGGAUAAGUGGACUCCUAUGAAGCUUGUCCGGAGGGCUCUGUCAUUUUUUCUCCACAGUAAACAGCGAAUCAACAAAAAUCAUCAGUUUGCAUUAGUCCAUCUGUUUGACAAAGCAUCAUGGGUUAAAGAUUUUACUGGAAAUAUCAAGUCCAUAAUGAAUGCCUUAGAUGAUUUGUCUGAGACGGUGGAGCUACAGUCCUUCAAUGCGACCUCCCUGUUUGACCUCAUUCAUCAGUGCGUGCCGCUUCCAGAAGUGGAGGGAGACGUGACAAUCCUGCCACCUCCUUAUGUUGUUAGGAUGUUGUUUAUUUACGGCCGAUCUAAUGGGCUUAUUGAGUUCCAUGAUAAAGAGAGUUAUAGAUUGCUGGAUAGUUCUCCAUACUUUGUUUUUGAUGCCCUUUAUGUCCAUGAACCACCAUCUGAAGAGAACAAAUGUGAGGAAAUCUUUGAUCGCCUCUGUGAUUUUGAUGAGAAGGGAAUGUCCUACAUCUUUGAGGCUGCUAGAAAUCCAACUCGACUCUAUGAUCAAAUGUCACAACUAUUGGCUCACCCUUUACAGCGCCCUCUACAGGGUGAAGUCUCUUAUCGCCUCCACAAUGUUGCUGAUCUCACGGAUACCUGACAGAGAAGGACUAUUACUUAAAGUUUGGUUAUCUAAAUAACUGGAACAGCCAUGAAAGAGAUUUAACACAAUAGGUGUGUUCAAAAGGGCUACAUAAACUAUAAAACUGUAAUAUAUUUGCCCUCAGUUGAAAAUUAGAGGCAUGUCAUUUUCUGUUAUGUGACCUUUAUCUUACCAUAUUGGUCUGUAUUGCAAGUACAUGGACAUGAGAGGAAAUUUGUAAAUGAAGUUUAAGUUUUUCUGAUUCAGUAUAAGCUACUUCAUUUAAUCAACUCAAACUACAGAUAUAAACAUGGGAAUCAGUGGAGAGAGUGGACAGGUAGUUUGGGAUUCAUGAUAGACAUUCUACAAAUGUGUUUGUUCUUUCAAACACAGACACAAACACAUACAUGCAAAGAAAAACACAAACAUGUUUGAAGUUCUUAUCUUCAGCAGUAUAAAUGUGUAAUUCUUUACACAUAGAUAGAGUUAAACAAACAGAUCAGUAACUUCAAUCACUGACUGAGGCCAUAGUACAUAUAUCAGACUCAGCACAACAGGCUGAGAACCAAGACAAAAACUCUCGUGACAGACAAUAUAUAGAAUAUGUUGGACAGAAAGAUCUAUAAUGAAAAAGAUGACAAAAUAAAAAUUCAAAUCCAUAUUGUUGACAAUUUAUCUAAAUAAAAAAAACAUACCACAAAGUCAGAUACGUCUUGAACAACAGGAAUUUGGUCUCAUAUCUGCCUCUCAUUGUCCUAAUUUUUAUUCAUUUCAUGUUUUAUGUUCCUUUGAAUUUCUGUGUUAGAGGCAAUAAUUUACAUUCAUUGUUAAACAUAUAAUCAUAUGUACCAAUCUUUUGUUAUUAAAGAUGUUAUAAACAAAUCAAA